AUGUUGAUUACAGAGACCUACCACGACGUUGAGACCUCUAACGGUACCACACUUAGAAUUUACGUGUUUACGCCUAAGUUGUCUGGAUAUCCCAAUGCCAAAUUCCCUGGUGUGAUUGUUUACAGUGAAAUCUACCAAGUUACGGGACCCGUGCGUAGGUUCGCACAGAGAAUUGCCUCUGAGGGUUACGUUGUUGUGGCCCCAGCUAUCUACCAUGACUUUAUGGGGCCCGAACCUUUGAAUUACGAUACAGAGGGUACCGAUAAGGGGAAUGAGUACAAGAUUAAGAAGACUCUGGAGUCAUAUGAUGAAGAUAACAGAUUAUGCUGUGAUUUACUACACACACUCCCACAUUUUGACAAUACCAAAAUUGGCGCAACUGGUAUGUGCCUUGGAGGCCAUUUAGCCUUUAGAGCUUUGCUUGACAAGCGGGUCUCCUGUGCUACGUGUUUCUUCCCAACUGACAUCCAUUCCAGGACCUUGGGUUUGAACACAAACGAUGAUACGUUAGAACGGGUAUCUCACGAGGCUUCCAGAGAUCAAGAACUUGUUCUGAUCUUUGGCACUCUAGACACACAUGUGCCUAAUGCUGGCAGAGACUUGAUCCGUUGUACUUUACGUGAGCAAUGCGUUCAAACUACGUUCCUUGAGCUCAAUGCAGCUCAGCAUGCCUUUAUCCGUGACGAAUCCAGCAAGGGUCGUUACGAUGCUGCCAUUACGCAAAGUUGUCUUGGAUUCAUGUUUGAACAGUUCAAUAGAAAGUUGAAGACUAAUUUAGGCGACUUUGUUAACGACAACGAAAAUGUCGAACAUGUAUGUUAG